CGGAGCAGAUCGACCAACCUGCAUCCCCGGUGUCUUGUAGCCAGGCUUCCCCAGCUGUUCCUCUGUACCCAAAUGAGCCUGCGCAAUGGGCACUCGGCUAGUAAACCAAUAGCGCGUCUGCACUUGCGAACCGGGAGAGAGUGAGAGACAACACACACAGAGGCAGUCAGAGCAGACGGGAUGGAGCAGGAGCACACGGACUGUUUCCUCCGGUAAACAAGCGGAGCAGGAGCCUGGACAUCACCGGCGGAAAGCGGAGGGGGGGAUUUCGGGGACACAGCCAUGGCGACGGGAGGAGGAGGAGUGAGGCGGCGGAGGAAAGCUGGGCUCCCGGGAUUCUGCUGGAAAACCUGCUACUUUCCCAUUUUGUUCUGGGUCGUUUCCGUCUGCGGAGAGGAGAACACGCUGAUUGUAGAGACGUGGCUGAAGAACUACGGCUACCUGCUGCCUCACGAUGUCCGCACGUCAGACCUGCGGCAGGAGAAGGCCAUGCAGUCCGCCGUGGCCGCCAUGCAGCGCUUCUAUGGCAUUCCUGUGACGGGAAUACUGGACGAGACGACUAUAGAGUGGAUGAGGAGACCUCGCUGUGGCGUCCCAGAUCACCCUCACACAAGCCGCCGGCAGAGGAAUAAACGCUACGCCCUGACGGGACAGAAAUGGAGAGAUAAAAAGAUCUCCUACAGCAUAUCUAACUUCACCCCUAAAGUGGGAGAGAAGGACACCCAGAGAGCGAUCAGACAAGCCUUCAACGUGUGGCAAACUGUCACUCCGCUUUCGUUCCAGGAGGUACCGUACUCAGAGAUCAAAAACGAGGGUAAGGAGGCUGACAUCAUGAUCUUCUUCGCCUCUGGUUUCCAUGGUGACAGCUCGCCAUUUGACGGAGAAGGGGGUUUCCUGGCCCACGCCUACUUCCCUGGCGCCGGAAUCGGAGGGGACACACACUUUGACUCCGACGAGCCCUGGACGCUGGGCAACGCCAACCACGACG